AUGAUUGCAUCAAAACCCCCUCGUAUCCAAUCAAUGGCAGCCUGGCAAGGAGAGCCAGCGCUUGGGUACCGAUAUCCCGGCAGCUUUCAAAGUGUGGUUCGUUGCACCAGACUCAGUCCCACAGCAGCUGACACAUUACAGCUCGAACGGCACAUCUCAUGGAGCUACUCGAAUAGAUCUCCAGCUUCCACUGAAGAUAGUGAAAAGGGGUUUUCCUCCAUCGGAGAAAGAAGUCGUUCCUUUCAAAAAUUUACCGCGGAUAUCGUGUCUAAAGUCUUCAAAUUAUCCAACUUGGAGGAUGUUAUCAGAGCCCAAGAUUUAGAAAUCGAUGAUUUGAAGAAAGAACUGGAAACGUUCAAGGAGGAGCAUCGAAUAUGGAAGGAAAGGGCGAAUACUGCUGAGGAAAGCUUAAAGUUAUCGAAAAAGGGAAAUGAGACGGCGAAACUAAUGAUGCAAGACCAGGCUGUGAAGAUUCAAGAGCUCGAAGACAAAAAGAAUGAACUAAAAUUGGCAGUUGAAAAAUUGGAAGAUUGGAGAAAUCGCGUGAAGAAGAUGUUGAAGGAGCUGGUCGAAAAUCUUUUCAUUAAGCGGGCAUAA